GGACGUCACGUCUGUAUUUGACAGGAGGAAGUAGCGACGUUAGAAACAAGCAGCUCGCUUUUUCUCGGGACUAACUGGACAGAAAACAGCACCUGUGAUGUAAGGCCGCUGUUCCACACGCUGAGGAAAGAUAUGCCUUAAUGUAUUUCAUACGUGAGGCCAGCAUUAGGGAGACGAUUUCUCGUCCGUACGUCAUCCAGAUGAGGCAUGCUGGAAGUAUGCAGCCCAUGUACAGAAGAGAUGCUGGAGUCUGGCACCAAACAAGAAGUCUCCUCUACAAGAAUCUGCUCAUCAAAUGGAGGACCAAGCAGCAGAGUCUCCAGGAGCUGAUCCUACCUCUGCUCCUGUUGGGUCUCCUGAUUCUCAUCAGCACCCUCAAUCCUCACGUCUAUUAUGGAGGCAUCAGCACCAUGGAGCUGGAGCGUGACGACCACUUCUUCAAGGGCCUGGGCUACACGCCCAUCACCAACAUCACCAACCACAUCAUGGAGGAGGUGGCCCAGGAGAUGCAUCUGCAGGAUCGCCUGGAGAUGUUUGCCAGUGAGGAGGACCUGGAGAACGCCAGCCUGUACGAGCCCUCCAGCUACGUCGGUGUUGUGUUCAUGGACAGCUCGGCCACGUCUUACAGGCUGCGCUUCCCGUACAACCAGCUGCCCUUACCCAGUGACUACACAGAAUCCAUCGCCAACUGUUUCACCAGCUCGGUGAACUGCAGAGCAGCUAAUUACUGGUACUCUGGCUUCAUCCGCCUCCAGUCUCUGAUCGAUGCAGCCAUCAUUCAGAUGCAGACGAAGCGCUCAGUGUGGAGCGAGAUGGACCUGAAGGUCGUCAUGAUGGGUCAGCCAGGUUCCGUGGAGGUGCAGAAAUUCCCCCACGCCCUCAUCUCAAUCUACCUGGUCCUGGCCUUCACACCCUUCGUCACCUUCCUCAUCGUCAAUGUGGCAGCUGAGAAGGAGCAUCGCCUCAAAGACACCAUGACCAUGAUGGGGCUGUAUGACACCGCUUUCUGGUUGUCGUGGGGCCUCCUGUACGCCGCUCUGGUGACCACCAUGUCCAUCCUGAUGUCCAUCAUCGCCACGUAUACGGCCCUGUUUCCUAACAGCGACUUCUUCGUUAUCUUCUUCCUCAUCUUCCUCUAUGGAAUAUCAUCAAUCUUUUUCUCCUUCAUGCUGACUCCAUUAUUCAAGAAGCCAAAGUUUGCCAGCACCGUGGGCUCCAUGCUGACGGUGGUGUUUGGCUGCCUGUCACUGUUCACCGUGCUGAUGAAGGACUUCCCUCAGCCACUCGUCUGGCUUCUCUGCCUGCUCUCCCCCAGCGCCUUCUCCAUCGGCAUAGCUCAGGUGGUUUACCUGGAGGCUCAGGGAGACGGGGCUGUGUUUUCCUCCCUGGCCAACGGCCCUCAUCCUCUUUAUGUUCCCCUGCUCAUGCUGGUGUUGGACUGCAUCCUCUACCUUCUGUUGGCCAUUUACCUGGACCAGGUACUGCCUGGGGAGUUUGGGAUGAGGAGGUCCUUGGUGUACUUCCUGAAGCCAUCCUAUUGGUCCAAACGAAGAAAGCGCUACGUUGAAGUGAGCUCAGUGUACGACACGGAGGUGAAAGGCGCUCCUGGUGGGGACGAGUGUGUCGAGCCGGUUUCACCUGAGUUCAGAGGGAAAGAAGCCAUCCGCAUCAAUAACAUCCAGAAAGUGUACAAGGAGAAGGACAACGUGGUGGAGGCUCUGAGAGGUUUGACUUUUGACAUCUACGAGGGUCAGAUCACAGCUUUGCUGGGACACAGUGGGGCAGGAAAGUCCACUCUCAUGAACAUCCUGUGUGGCAUCUGCCCGCCCACCAACGGCUCGGCCACCAUCUACGGCUCCCCCGUGGCAGAGAUCGCAGACAGGUCAGAGAUGAAGCAGCUGGUGGGGAUUUGCCCUCAGUUCAACAUCAUCUUUGACGUGCUCACUGUGGAGGAGCACCUCAGGAUAUUUGCUGCCAUCAAAGGGAUCCCGCCGUCAGACAUCGACGCUGAGGUUACCAAAGUGCUGAAGGAUCUGGACCUGGAGAAGAUCAUGACUGCUCAGGCAAAGAAUCUGAGUGGAGGCCAAAAGAGGAAGCUCUCCGUGGGCAUCGCCAUUCUCGGAGAUCCUAAGAUCCUGCUCCUGGACGAGCCCACAGCAGGCAUGGACCCCUGCUCCAGACACCAGGUGUGGUCACUGCUGAAGAGCCGCAGAGCUGGCAGGGUCACCGUCCUCAGCACGCACUACAUGGAUGAGGCCGACAUUCUAGCUGAUCGUAAAGCUGUGAUCUCUCAAGGACAGCUCAAAUGUGUUGGCUCCUCUCUGUAUCUCAAGGUCAAGUGUGGCGUUGGAUAUCAUCUCAGGAUGUCUAUCAAUGAGAGAUGUGAAGCCGAAAAAAUCACCUCACUGGUCAAGCAGCACGUUUCCAAAGCAAAGCUGUCUCGACAACACGAAGCAGAGUUAACAUUCACUCUGCCUUUUGAGAGCAUGGACACGUUUCCAGGCCUGUUCUCGGAGCUCGACCAUCAACCCAAUCUGGGAGUUAUCAACUAUGGGGUUUCCAUGACAACACUGGAGGAUGUAUUCCUUCGUUUGGAGGCGGAGGCUGAAGUGGACCAGGCUGACUACAGUGUGUUUAAUCGGGAGCAGGCGGAGGACGAAUGUGACAGCGCCUCUCUGGACGAUACUGACCAGCGGCUGCUAACGUUCUCAGACAGCAAGUCAGACGUCGUGUCAGGUCACGCUCUGUGGCGGCAGCAGUUCAGCACCGUGGCCUGGCUGCACAUGCUCAACAUGCGCAGGGAGAGGAAGGCCUUCGUCUACACCCUGGCCUUGUUCCUGGUGUUUGUGGCCGCGGUGCUCGUCCUGUCUCUGGCCACAGGAAACAUCCAGAUUCACUCCCCAGACCGUCAGUUUCUGCCCAUUUACCUCCUCAAAAGGAACCAGUCGCCGCGGAGAUACGCCACCAGCCUCCUGGUUCAGAACUCCUCAGGCUCUGAUAUUUCUGACUUUGUCCACAACCUGGAGUCUCAGGACAUCAAAGUGGACAUGAUGAAACACAGCGACUACAUGGCCGCGGCUCCCCACAGCGCCGCCAUCAACGUUACAGGAUCCAACAAGGGUUUCAGAUACAGUGUUGCGUUCAACAGCACCACAGUUCACUCCUUGCCUAUGGCGGUCAAUAUACUGAGCAACGCUCUUCUGAGAGGUCUGAAUGGCAGUGGACAGAUCAGAACGUGGACCAAACCAUUUGAUUAUCAAAUCCCAGAUGCCACGUCCUACGCUCUGGUGUACAUAGAGGCCAUCAUACUGGGAAUGCUGGCAGCUGGAAUGCCUGCAUAUUUUGCAAUGGACCACACUCGAGACAGAGAGAUCAAGUGUCGCUCAACACUGCGUAUCUCCGGUCUGGUGCCGUCGGCCUACUGGUGCGGCCAGGCAGCCGUGGACAUCCCCUUCUACUACCUCAUCCUCUCCUGCAUGACCAUCAUCCUCUUCUCCUUCCACACUGGAAACCUGCUCACCUCCAGCAACCUCACCGCUGUGGUCCUGUGUAUCGUCGGCUUUGGUCCAGCCAUGAUCCUCUUCACCUACGUGUUUUCUUUUGGCUUCGCUCGAGUCCAAAGCAACAGGGAUUUCUUCUCUGUCAUCUCCAUGAUGGUGUGUGUGGUGUCAGCAUCACUGGUUCAGUUGUCGUUUGUGAACGACAACCCUGGACUGACCAGAAACCUGCACAACAUCUUGUGUUUCUUCAACCCUCUGUACCCCCUCAUGGGCUGCCUCAACUGCAUCACCAAGGCGACCUUCCUCCCCUCUCAGUACGAGGAGAACUUCCUGUGGAAAAACCUGCUCAUUGCGGUUGUAGCUCCGUAUCUGCAGUGCAUCCUGCUGCUCUGCCUGCUGCGCUGGCUGGAGAUCCAUUACGGAGGCAAAACAAUGAAAAGCGAUCAGUUCUGCAGGAUCUCGUCCAAAUCGAAGCCCAAAGUGGAGAAAAACCCAGAAGAAGGGCUGAACGAGGAUGAGGAUGUUCAGAUGGAGAAGGCCAGAGUGAAGGAGGCCCUCACCUGCCAGUCCUGUGAGGAGAAACCGGCUGUGGUUGUGAGUAACCUGAGGAAACAGUACAAAGGCAGAAGAGAAGGAUUUUCUCUCAACAAGAGGAGGAAAGUGGCCACAAAGAACGUCUCUUUCUGUGUUCGCAAAGGUGAAGUUCUCGGACUGUUGGGCCCCAACGGAGCAGGAAAGAGCACCAUUAUGCACAUGUUGUCAGGUGACACUGACCCGACUGCAGGACAGGUGCUGAUGGGGGACUACAGCACAGAGUUUCGUCUGGUGGACAGUCCCGUGGAACAUGUGGGCUACUGUCCUCAGGUGAACCCUCUGUGGCCCAGGAUCACUCUGCAGGAGCACCUGGAGAUCUACGCCGCCAUCAAGGGCCUGAAAGGACAGGACGUACCAGGGAUCAUCAAACGUGUGGUGAACGCUCUGGAGCUGAAGGACCACCUGAACAAACAAGCCAAGACCCUGUCAGCGGGACUCAAGAGGAAGCUGUGCUUCGCCCUGAGUAUGAUCGGGAAUCCUCAGAUCGUCCUGCUGGAUGAGCCGUCAUCAGGGAUGGACCCCAAAUCCAAACAGCGCAUGUGGAGAGCCAUACGUGCUGCCUUCAAGAACCGCCAGCGGGGAGCCGUCCUCACCACACACUACAUGGAGGAGGCCGAAGCCGUGUGUGACCGCGUAGCCAUCAUGGUGUCCGGCCAGCUAAGGUGUAUCGGCUCCAUCCAACAUUUAAAGGGGAAGUACGGUCGAGGUUACAGUUUGGAGGUGAAACUCCGAGAGGAGCUGACGGGGCUCCAGCAGGUGGCGCUGCUGCACAAAGAGAUCCUCCGCAUCUUCCCUCACGCCGCCCGGCAGGAGAGCUUUGCUACUCUGAUGGUUUACAAGAUUCCCAUGGAGGACGUCAAGUCACUGGCCAAGUCUUUCUCUCAGUUAGAGAGCGCAAAACAAACCUUCAACUUUGAAGAGUACAACUUCUCCCAGUCGACCUUGGAGCAGGUGUUCAUGGAGUUUGCCAAGGAGCAGGAGAACGAGGAGGACGAGGUCGGCUCGCUCAGCACAACUUUCCAGUGGCAGCGUCUGCGGCAGGACGGCUCCGCCCCCGUCAACCACACAGACAGCAUCGUGCACCAGCUUUGAACUCCAGCCGAGAGGGAGCAGGCUGGUGACUGACCAGGACCGACCUGCCGGGCCUCAGCGCCUGACGGCUCACGCCAGCACUCGCCCCCGCUCCACGCAAACCGACGCCCACCGCCCUUAAGUGAAUGGGACAGAGCUGUGUGGGCGCUGGCACACACUGGCUCUGACUGUGUGUGUGUGUGUGUGUGUUUGAGUGUUUGGGCUCCGGGCUGUUAACGGCCUCCUUCUCCAGGUCUGAGGUGUGCAUGUGUGUGACCCUCGUCCACUGGUGCUCCGUGUUUUCUGAAUCGCACUGACCGAGGGGGGCCGCGGUCUUUCUUGACACGCCGAUGUGACACCUACUCCUCUUUCUAAUGGUGUUUUUUAUCUUCACAGGGAGUCAGUCAAAGGAAAAUAUAUAUCUAUAAAUAAUAUAUAAUAUUCAUGCUUUGUAAUCAUGUGUUCUCCUCUGCUCAGAGGUGUUAGAGUAAGUGUGUGUUUUCGUCUGUUGUGUUUGUGAAACCGUUUAUUUUUUUUUUUUUUUACCAGAACUGGAAUCCAUCCACGAUCGUACCAAAGCAGCACAUCUCUGAACCACACACCACCACACCUCCUCACUAACUGACACGUCUCCAUUUGUUGUUUGGUGUCGGUAGCAUGUGCACAGAUGGAUUAGUAUCGACGAGGGGAAGAUUGUGAGAACACAUGACCUUCACUGAGCCCUCAACUUAACAAACCCCUCUCCUCAUGUUACACCAGCAUGCACACCUUAACGUCCAUGCUCACAUUAAACGUCCUUCAGGACCGACUGUUGGUUAUCGAGGAGGCUGGGUAUAUUUAGACAUGUGGCGGACAGACACACGGAUGUUGGGAUGGAGGGUUGUUGGGUCGCUGUGGCCUUCCUCUCUGCAGGUUUGAACCCGUAUGUGAACGUAGUGUAGAAUAUGCACUCCAGUACAUGUAGCACACUGCCCUCGUCAGACGUUAGCCAGGGCUGAUGACCUCAGCAGUGGAGAGGUGGAGCUCGAGGUUGCGUUCGCAUGCAGACGGGGCUUUUUGAAGCAGUUUGACGAUGAAGAUUUUUUGAUGUUUGAAUGUACGUUUGGCUCCGGACGUCACCCUGUUUCACUUUGGUGCCACUUUGAAUCACGCAGCUGUUGUUUUAACUCUGUGUGUGAGCGAGUGUGUGUGUGUGUGUGUGUGUGUGUUGUAUAUCUGUACACGCAGGUGGGUUGUUGGUGCAACACCGAUUAAACCGAUAAAUUGUAAUUUUUCCAUGACGUUCAGGUGAGAGGAUGAAAGGGUUAAAGGGAAUUUAAGACACUUUGAGAAACGCUCGACAUGUUGGGUCGAGUUUUAUUUUGUCAGCGACCGUACAUCAGUGUGGGAGGGUGAGGUUAGUCCGGAAGUGCUAACUGAACAUCUGUAACUGGAUCCAUUAGUCCGCUGGGUCGGUUGGACACAAGGAGGUGGACAAAAUAACAGGAACAGCUGAUAUGAUAUGGAGAUGGAUUUGUUUCAGAGUUAUUUAGGUAAACAGAUCGACGGUCUGUGUGUUAAAGGGACAGUUCAGAUGUUUUGAAGUGUGGUUGUGUGAGGUGCUUCUCAGUCAGUGUGUUACCUACAGGAGAUGUCAGUCGACACGUCUCCAGUUUGGAGAAGCAGGCACAGAAUCUAAACAAUGCUCUGCUGUAGACAGUCAGCAACAACAUUUAUUUUAACCUCCUAAAAAAUCAAUAUCACCAUGUUACUGAGAGCAUUUUCACCACUUUGUCUUUCUGUCAGGAAGCUUGUUUUGACGGGAAAGCCGUGAACAGCGUCAGUUCCCAUGUUUGCUCUCGUCACAGUCACCAGACUCCAUUUAGAAAACCAGUAAUUUUAUCUCUCUGAACACAGGAGCUGCUGGUCGACUGCUGCCUCCAUCAGUUAGUCAGUUUGUGUUAUUGUGUGACUUUGUUGAAUCUGAAUUAACCCUUUAAAACACCAAAGUCGCACAGUAACACAAACUAACCAUCCAACAGAGGCAGCAGUCGACCAGCAGCUCCUGUGUUCACAGACGUUAAAUCACUGUUUUUCUCAAUGGAGUCUGGCUCUGAAGAGAACGACGUAACGGCUUCCUGUUGUAAAUCACUGUCUGACAUUAAGGUGAAGCAGUGAAAAUAUUCUGAAUAUAAUGAACACAGAAACUGAUGUUUUAUUUAAGUGGAACUUUUUAGGUGUCUAAAAUACGUUUUGUUUCCGAGCCGUCCACAGCAGGACACUGUUUAGCUUCAGUGUCAGACUCCAGCCUGCCGACUGACAUCUGCUGUAGGUAACACGCUGAUUAUGCAGAAGUAUCUCAUACAACCCCACUUUAAAAAACUCUGAACUAUCCCUUUAAUGUGUAAUCUGUAAAUAUAAAAAAAAAUCUACAAAAACAAUUAAACAGAAAACACUAAAUUUAAAACAGAUCUGCAAAUACAGAUUCCACAAAUAAAGAAUAUUUGUGAAUGAAUUUAAAAAUAAAUGACAAACAUUUGUGAACAUUUAUCCAGCAUUAAUAACUUUGAAACAGAUAUUUGUGAAUCUGAGUUCUGUGAUUGUGAAUUUGCAUUUUAGGCUCACUGAGACAUUUUUUAUGCCUCUGCGCUGGUGACAGCUGCGGCCGGAGACGCUGUGUUUUCAGCUUGUUUCCAUCCGUCCGUUCCAUUCUCAUGAAUGAGAGGGUCUUGAGGGGAUUUCUGUAAAUUUGGCACAAACGUUCCCUCAGACUCACCAAUGACCUGAUUCGAUUUUGAUGGUCAGAGGUCACUGUGACCUUACAUCUGUCUCAUUUUUGUGACCGCGGUAUGUGAACACCACCUUGAGGGAAUUUCCUAAAAUUUGGCACAAACGUCAACUUGGACUAAAGAAUGAACUGAUUUAGAAUAGGUCUUCUGUGUGUGCAGCAUCCAUGUUUUCACUGACAUGGAUGGAAACUGUCAGAGAAACGACUGGUGGGUGGAGUUAUACAACAGCAGGGUGGUAUUUUCAGUUUUUUUUAAUCUUCAGACUUUGUCAAACGCACAGAUUGUCGAUCGCCAAAACAUUUAGAUAACUGACAGAUAUCACUGAGACUAAUCGAUCUCCAUAUUGUCAUGUGACCCGGUGCAGCGACAACACAAACUCUGACCUCAUAACUCCACACGAUAAGCUCCAUAGAGGGCGUGUUUGUUGCAGGGUGUGUUUGUUUUGUCCACCUCUGUAUCAUCUUAUGAGAACAGGAGGACCAGAAGUUAAGAGUUUGUUUUAAAGAUGCUUAUUUAAUUCAAAUAUCCAACAUGAAUCAUUUUCCGUGCCGACUUCCGUCAUGUGUUCAUGACAGACUUUUUGCGGUGGGUUUUUAAGCCUCAGACAAGGUGUCUGGGAUUUAUAUAGAAGAGUAUCAAUGCCACGACAUUAAAAAAAAAGAUCGAUAUCAGGUAGUAACAUGAAAAGAUUCUUGUUAGAACAGGAUAUUUUUCACAUUUUUACAAGAUUUUUUCAUAUUAUAACAAAAUAUUUUCAUGUUAUAAGAAGAAAUUUUCAUGUUAUAAGCAGAUGUUUUCAAGUUAUAAUGAGAUGUUUUCACAUUACAACAAGAAAUCUUCAUGUUAUAACAAGUUGUUUCCAUGUUAUAACAAACAUUUUUCAUAUUAUAACAAAAUAUUUUCAUAUUAAAACCGGAUGUUUUUGCAUUUUAACAAGAAUUUUUAAUGUUAUAACGAGAUGUUUUCACAUUAUACCAAGGAACAAGGGAAAGCAUGAAAAAUAUCUUGUUAUAAAAUGAAAAUAUUUUGUUAGACAAGAAACUUUUCUUGUUAUUAUCUGAUAAUAGUUUUGGGGGAGUUUUUGGCGUUUCUAGGCUUCUGUAGUUUUGUGUGUUUCUGCAGCAGCUACCGUCUCUGUCACAGAUGUUUUAUUUCCUGUUUUUUUUCCCCACUUCCUGUCAUCACGAAGUGAAGCAGAGCUCAUUUAAGUAUCAGUUCUUUUAUUUUGAAGGAGUCUGAAGCAGAGCUCACUUAAGUAUUAGUAUCAGUUCUUUUAUUUUGAAGGAGUCUGAAGCUGAUAAACUUUACUAACAUCAGAGCACAGAUCACAGACACGACAUAUUCAGCCUGAGACAGUGAGCGGCAGCGCUGCACUGUCAGGCGUUUUCUCUCCUUUUAAAUGUGAAAACUUUAUUUAAACGCCGUUGACAUUUUUUUUCUUGCACACAUGUAGCCUUGUUCCCUUUUCACCAGGGGACAAAAUAAAACACUGGCUCUGCGUCAACAUGUGCGGCGAGGAUAGAGGAGUUUUUGCGAUGUCACAUUUACACUACCUAUGUUUAUAUUUGCUUUCCUAAGUGCAAUGAAAGGUAUUUAUUCAGCCAUUCACGUUCAUGUGUGUCAGUAACAUGUAGCCGCCUGUAUGACAUCAGCUUGUUUUGCACGCGUCUCGUCCCUGCUUCCUGUUCAGAGCGUCACAUGGAAAUAUUCCACUUGAAGAAUAAAACAAACUGAACUGUGGCUCUGUGGGAGGAGUGGAGAAAGUGGAGCAGGUUUCAUUUUGUUUUCCUGGUGGUGGUAAAAUUGCACUAUUUCUGGGAAAUUUUAUAACCUUUCUUUAUAUUAUGCAAUCUUUGUAAGAUUAUCCGUGCACUGAUUUUAUUUUUUAACGACUGUGGUUUAGCUGUGUGCUGUAUUUUCCUCUUCUAUCACCCCGUGUCCGGACGGACACUCGUCAUUAACGAACUCUGUGGUCUCGACACCACCUUUUCAUGAAUAAAUGUUAAUCCUCAUUAAAGUUUCGUCCCUUUUUUAUGUCUCCACGACAGCUACAGAUGGACGCGUUAUGUUCUCAGGUUGCCCGUCUGUAUUGUGAACACGAUAUUACAA